UUCACGUUAUUCGUGAUUUUGUAGGAAUUUUACACAUAUUUUUGAGAAAUGUUUUUUUAGAUUGAUUUUUCGUUUAUUUUUAUGAUAUCCACGCGACGAAAAACCGCUGAGUCAGUCCCAUGGGGGCGUUUGAGCGAAACUAUCGCCCGGAAUGGGUGUCUCCGGGAACGUGAUAUAUACGUGGAAGAUAUGCGUAAUUACAGGUUGCCGUAUUUCAAAGCGUGCUUGCUCGCUACCAUCUUGGAGGAUGUGAUCCCGCAGUUACGCAUUCUAGAUGCAUGCAAUACCGAACUGCGAUUUAUCAAGACGAUAUCCGCAAUGGAUGUACUCCUCGCCGACAAGUUUGGGGUCGAGAGCCAAAAAACACAAAACGAUAUAAACGAUAUAGACCUAAAAAAUAUUCACUGCAUGAAAUAUAAAUUGGACAAACUUCAAGCGGACAGAGAUUUCAUAUUGCAAGUCCUAACCGAGACUUAUAAAAACCUAUGUAUUGAAAGAGAUUUCCAGUCUCUCACAGAUUCAGUGACGCAAAUAGUUCAGAAGGACGAGAAUCUACACAGUCUCGCUGAGGUAGAGCGCACGAACAGAAUGUUGCGGCGUGAAUCGCAUAAGCAGCUUCGCCAGCAAAGGAAUCACAUCAAAUCCGUCUGUUACGAAUCCAACAGUGAAAUCGAGUUUCUAAGAUUACAUGUGGAAGAUGCGGAAUUAAAUGCCGGCAUCCGCAACCGCUACAUCGAAGGCUGGCAGCGGUCGCGCACCGAGCAGCAUUUGCAGACCUUAUACAACAAGGAUGAAGUCCCCACACAGGCAAUCGAGGAGUUCAAGCGUAAAGUAGAACAGGAGCAACGCGUGCACAGUGACAUCGAGCUUCUCACUACCAUGAACAUAAAUGAAGUUCUCGCAAAGGUAGACGAAUCAAUGGUCAAAUAUGAGAAAGACAUCGAAAGCAUUGAUCUGAAGAUACAAAUAAUGAGAAAUUACUACGAGACCAUGCAAAACAAGAAUCAGCUCCUUGAGGAAACGAUUAAAGAACACGCGGAAUUCAUGAAGAACUGGAUUACUUUCAAGGACGACCGAGAGGCCGCUCGUAAGCAUUGCGAAAUUAUGAACAAUUCCGCAAUUAUAGUACAGGCGUGGUGGCGAGGUUUGCUUGUACGAAAACAGUUGGGUCCCUACAAAACCGUCAAGAAGAAACAAACACCAUCCAAACCUAACGACAAAUCCAAAAAGAAAAAGUAGAUAAAAGAGUUAUUUUAUAGUAUUUAGCUAUUUCCCCUUAAAUUUG